AUGGCCUUCCAUGAAUCUUCAGCUUUGGUCCGCAUGUUCAUCGUCAAGAAUAUCAAUAUCCCGCCCUCUCCCACUGUACCGCCAGACCAGGAUGCCGCUACCGAAUCACAACGAAUCAAUCUAUCCUUCAUGGAUCUACCACGAGAGCUCCGAGAUAUCGUAUACGAGCUCUACCUCCCGGAUACAGAAUCCACAUACGACGCAAAGACACACAAGUUUACCAUCACCAACAAGGAAGCUGACGACAUGUCGCUUGGCUUCACUUGCCAUACCAUCUUAGAGGAGCUACUUUGUCGCGCAUUCGAAGUCAAUCUAACUUUCCAUGCUGCUUUCGUGCACACGCCACGCGAGAGUGACGAUCAAUGGGUCGAUGACAUUGGCCACAUCUUACUUCACAAGGAGGAUGUCGUGGAUCAAAUGGCCCGUAGGUUUCUAACGGAGGCCGGAGAGGAAGAGAUAGCUACAUGCUAUCCACAGUUUCAGCCCAUACUCUCUGCCUGGCGCUCGAACCGCGAUGAAACAUGGUUCUCCAAAGGCCAUGACUGGGGAGAAGCUCCAUCGAUCUACCGCGACUUCAUCCAGCACACAUUGACUGUGCUCGCAAAGCAUCCCGAGUUCGCGCACGACGACAUAGAGUGGAUGGACAUCUUGCGGACACCAUCAGGCGCUCAACUACCAGCUCGCAACCUCUUGGAUCUUACCAAUUUACAGUCCAAACUCUGGUCGAUUCCUACGAACGGAGACUUCAUGCAUAACGUGUCUAUCUCUGGAUUUCCUACUGAGAAUAGCGAUUACCCCAAUACCAUUAGGUACCCAUUCUCGGCCGCAGCUAUCGCAAUACGAUUCCUCAACUUCCUGCCCCAGGGCCUGCGGAAGCAGAUCCAACGUCUCCGCCUUGUUGAAAAUCGAACUUCUAUCGCGCAUCCGGAGUGCCACAUGCGAGGCUUGAUACCAUUCUGCAUCGAUAUGCCAAAACUCCGUAUUGAACGAGACGUCACCAUCCCUACCCCUGGCUCAACGAGAGACGAGUAUAUGUGCGAGAAGGCAGACAGGAGGGCAAAAAGAAGCCUAAACGUAACCGGAGGAUCUGGCCAAACUGGAGCCCACCUUCAUUUCACGACUGGUUCACAGCUCAUGUAUUACCAGAAGCCCAGUCCGUGA